AUGGAAGUUCUUCAACUCCCUAGAGGCUCGACGCCUACAAUGUUGAGAGAAGUCAGUGCCUUGUCCCAAUUGACUCUUGAUGAGGAUGUUCCAUCAAUCCAGGGAGCGAAUUUCCCUAUCUUAUUGCAGUCUAAUACUGAUACGAACUUCAGUGAUAUAACCGCAUUCAAAUCUGCCUUUGCGCGUUCAGCUGAGGAUGCCAGAGUUUAUUCACAACUCAAUACUCUGCUCGAGCAGGGGCAAGAGUACGCAAUUAUGUUAUACACAUGGAGGUCAAUAUCCAGAGCUCUUCCAUUUAUUCGAUCAAGUGACCAGCCAAACAGGAUAAAAAUAUACGAAAAAACGAAAGAAAUAUUGGAACCACACUGUUCGAGGCUAAAACAGUUUAUGUUCUUUCAAGAUGCUGCCAUACGGAGGUUUGUAGAAAUAGUAAAACGGCUGGCUCAUAAGGACCAGAAAAACUUCUUUGUAAACCAAGCUUACCUCAUCACGCUUGGGAAAAUGUUAAGAAUGUUUGCUGUUCUAGAUGAAAUGAAGAACAUGAAGGCCAGUAUGAAAAAUGAUUAUUCCAACUAUAAAAGAGCUGCCCAGUUUCUACAGGUCAACGAUCCCGAUUCUCACGAUGUGAGUAUAUUCUUGGCAAAGCAAAAAAUUAUUCGUGAUACAUUAAAGGAAAGCUUGAUUGCAGUUGAUGGUUAUGAGGACUUGUUGGUAGAAAUCAUUAACAACAGCGCUCAAAUGUAUGAAAACAAAGUCUAUGUCCUUCCAGAAGAAAAGCAUACUCAUGUUAUAGUUAUAGCUUUUUCCCUUUAUCUUCUCGACUCAAGUCGUAUAGUUGAUGGCAAACAAGUUGGCCUUUGUCUGAAUAAGAUUUCAAAGCGUCUAAAUAUAGGAAAAUUAGAUCGUAUUCUAAAGGAAUGUGAAGUUGUUAAUCUAUUCGGUGAUAUGAGUGUGGAACCGUUUUCAUAUGUUCGUCAAACACCGUCGUUUGAUCCAUCUAAAUGGCCAGAGUGCAAUAGUUCAAAAGUUUCUGGUCAGGGAGUGAUAUUAACACACAUGGCAAGAUUCCAAGAAGAGUAUACAUCGUUGACAUCUGAUUUAGCUUGGCAUACAAAUACAACUUCAAUUCGUUUAAAUGAACGUUCUGCUAAAGAGAAUCAAGAACUUUAUGAUCUUGCGCUUCGUGGUCUUCAAUAUUUAUCUGGUUGGUCUGUUCAAGUGUUAGAUACAUUUACAUGGAAACUUGCACAUUGUGCCAAUCAUUACACAAAUCAUGAUUGUCCAAAAGAUGCUGAAAAUUAUGAAAAAGCUACUCGUUAUAAUUACAAUGCAGAAGAACGUUUUGCUAUGAUUGAAAUUAUCAGUAUGAUUAAAUCAGUUCAAACACAACUUUUACGUUUAGAAGCUUGUUAUUCCGAUGCGAUUAGUCGAUCAGUUUAUCGUGAAUUACAAUCGAUUGUUAUUGGUCAAUUAAGUGCACCAUUAGCGAAAGCACAAAAGAAAAAAGAACGUAUUAUGCUAGCACGUUUAAUACUUGCAAUUCAAUCAACAUGUGCUGAUCAA